AUGUUCUUUCUCUUCCGCGGACCCCAGCGGCGGGGCACCGGCAGCCCCGCAUGCCCUACGGCGCGGGGGCAGCCCCCAGCCAUGGGCAACUGCACCAAGACCCCUGAGCGGAGGCUCCCUAAGGACGGGAAGCCGCGCUCCGGCCCCCCGGCCUCCGACGCUGGUGACCCCGAGGAGGCGGCGGAGGCGGCACAGUCUCCCCCGUUGCAGAGCUACUCGGUGCUGCAGGGGCUGGUGGGGCCGGCCUGCAUCUUCCUGCGGCAGAGCAUCGCCAUCACCCAGCUGGACCGAGAGCUGCGGCCCGAAGAGAUCGAAGAGCUGAAGCAGGCCUUCCGGGAGUUCGACAAGGACCGCGACGGGUACAUCAGCUACAAGGACCUGGGCGAGUGCAUGCGGACCAUGGGCUACAUGCCCACCGAGAUGGAGCUCAUCGAGCUGUCCCAGCAGAUCACUGGGGGCAAGGUGGAUUUUGACGAUUUUGUGGAGCUGAUGGGCCCCAAGAUGCUGGCGGAGACGGCGGACAUGAUCGGGAUCAAGGAGCUGCGCGAUGCCUUCCGUGAGUUCGACACCAACGGAGACGGGCAGAUCAGCAUGGCGGAGCUGCGGGAGGCCAUGCGGAAGCUGCUGGGGCAGCAGCUCAACUACCGGGAGGUGGACGAGAUCCUCAAGGACGUGGAUCUCAACGGAGACGGCCUGGUGGACUUUGAAGAGUUUGUGCGGAUGAUGUCGCGCUGAGGGCGGCGCGUGCCAACACGGGACCCGAGCCCCCGCCGUGCCUUACGAAGAGGAGGGG